GUGGCGUGUCGUGUUUAUACAUCCAUCUUUCGUCUGUCAAAUUACUACGUGAUCAACAGAAUGACCGGUUACAAGCUCUACUACUUCAAUGUUCGAGGACGUGGAGAACUUGCUCGUUUAAUCUUGCACUGUGCUGGCGUUCCGUUCGAGGACUUUCGUUUUGAGGGCAAAGAAUGGCCUGCAAUUAAACCCAGCAUGCCUUUUGGGCAAGUCCCUGUCUUGGAGAUCGAUGGAGAUAAAAUGUUGGCCCAGUCUCACACAAUUGCUCGCUAUCUAGCACGCCAGCACGGAUUAGCUGGUCAAAAUGACUGGGAGCAAAGCCGAGCCGACAUGUAUGUUGAUUGCAUUUAUGAUUUGCAUGGAACCAUGAGAACACCCACUUGGGAAGCAGAUCCUGUAAAGCAAAAAGAACUUUUCGAUAAAGUCAAUGAAGAAACAAUUCAACCCCAUUUGGAGAAGAUUGAACAACACCUCAUUAAGAAUGGUAGUGGACAUCUAGUUGGCCAAGGGUUGACCUGGGCUGAUAUUGCGUAUUAUGCAUUCUUUACUACACCCAUCAUGACCCGUUUGGGCGGUGAAGUUCUUACCAAGGCUCCUCAUCUUAAGAAGUUGAUCGAAUUGGUUGGUAAUAAUCCCAACAUCAAAAAGUACGUGGAAACGCGCCCUGUGACCUCUGGUUAAAUGUACGAGAACUAUGCUUCCAGGCUGUAAACCUCAAUCCUAUUCCAGUGGUGCUAGCAAUAAAACAAGCAGUCUUUCAA